AUGUGGGCAACAGUCACACUGACCAUCAUCUCCAUCAUCGCCCUCCGACUACUAUACGAAGCACGACGAGACCGACGCCUGCCACCUGGACCCAAGAGACUUCCAUUCAUCGGCAACCUCCACCAGGCGCCACACGACGUCCCCUGGCGCACGUACCACAAAUGGUUCCAGCAGUACGGCCCCAUCAUCAGCGCCCAGUUCGGCGGCACGACGAUGAUCAUGAUCGGCGACAAGGACGUGGCGCACGAGCUGCUAGACAAGCGGGGCAGCGUGUACGCCGACCGGCCGCGGAUGGUCAUGGCGGGCGAGAACCUGACCAAGGGCAUGCACCAGCUGCUGCGGCGCUACGACGAGCGGUACCUGCUGCACCAGCGCAUGGACGCGCCGGUGCUGAGCCCGCGCGCGGCGGCGACGUACGAGCCGCUGCAGGACAUGGAGUCGAAGCUGCUGCUGCACGAGUUUCUUUCGCGGAAUGAUUUCACAAAGCGCUUCGAGCGGUACAGCGCCAGUUUGGUGUAUAGCCUGGCGUACGGGUUCCGCAUUGAGACGGGCGACGAGCAGCCGCUCAAAGACGCGCACCGCGUGCAGGAGAACUUUGGCUACGCCGGUCGCGUGGGCACGUGGGUUGUUGACGCGCUGCCAUUCCUGAAUGUGCUGCCGCGUGGUCCACUGGCGCCGUGGAAGCGCGUGGCCGACGAUUUCUUCCGCAUCGAGAGCGCGCUGCACACCCGCAACACCGCCGUUGGCUUGUCGUCGAAGGCUUGGAACUGGACCAAGGAGCUGCACGCCAGCAGUGAGGCGGCCCAGAUGGACGACCUCGAGUUCGCAUACGAUGUGGGCAUCUUGGCCGACGCCGGGUUGGACACUACGACUGCUGCCAUGGAGGUAUUCGUGCUGGCUUGCCUUGCGUAUCCGCAGUUUCUCCAGCACACCCAGCGCGAGUUGGAUGAGGUAGUCGGUGGCGAGAGGUUUCCUUGCUUGGCUGAUCGGGAGAAGCUGCCCUACAUCCGUGCGUGCGUGGAAGAGACGUUGCGGUGGAGGCAUAUUGCACCGGGCGGCAUCCCGCACGCCACGCGGUGCGAGGACGAGUACAUGGGUUAUCGAAUCCCUAAGGGGGCGACCGUACUGCCUGCCUACUGGACCAUGCACCUGGACGAGAAGGCGUGGGAUGCGCCUUUGAGUUUCGCGCCGGAGCGCUGGUUGGGCCAACCGGAUGGCAGGCACUUUGGCUUCGGUCGGCGUGUGUGUACCGGGCGCCACAUUGCGCGGAACUCGAUGUUUCUUCUCAUCGCCCGCCUGCUGUGGGGGUUUGAUAUCAAGCACGCCGUUGAUCCGGCUACGGGGGAAAAGGUUGAGGUUGACGAUUUAGCCCUGACUUCUGGUUUUGUCUCAAAGCCACAGCCAUUCCCCGCUCUGUUCAAACCUCGCAGCAAGCGCCAUGAGGAGCUCAUUGAGAGGGAAUGGCAGACACAGGACAAAGAUAUUGAUAAACUCUUGAAUGGGAUUCGCGAUCAACAGAUUCAGGCUGGGCUACAUAUCCGCGUAAAGGAUUAA